UUCUUCUUCUCCGUGUUUUUUUUCUAGUGUUCUAAUCGGCGGCACACCAAGAAGCUAGGUUGAUUUCUUCUGUUGGAAUUCAAGUGUUUCUCUUCGGUAUAGAACACAGUUUCUCUCCACAGCAGGAGACUCAUCAAGAUCGAAGCUUUCAAAUGCAAAAAUCAUUUAUACAUCCUUCAAAACAGCCCAUCACUUUCAUUCUCAACAUCUUUAAAUCAACAAUCAUUUACAGUCUCUUACCUCAUGAAAACUUGUGGGUUGUCCCCAGAAUCUGCUUUAUCAGUCUCCAAACGUGUCAACUUUGAAACCCGAAAUCAACCCGACUCUGUCGUCGCCUUCUUAAAGAACCAUGGAUUCUCGGAAACCCAAAUCGCAACCAUCAUCGGGAAGAUGCCAUGUAUACUUUCAUCUAAUGUUGAGAAAACCCUUUUGCCCAAAAUUACGUUUUUUAACUCUAAAGGCAUUUCAAGCUCUGAUCUUACCAAACUCUUUGCUAAAAAUCCACAUAUUCUUAGAGUUAGCUUAGAGAAGAAAAUUAUCCCUUCUUUUAACUUCCUUAGCAAUCUAUUUCAAUCGGAUAAUGCUGCCUUUGGUGUUCUAAAUCUACAGCCCCGUAUUUAUUUAUAUGAUUUUGAUUCUUACAUUUUGCCUAAUCACAAUAUUCUGAGGCAAAAUGGAGUGCCUGAACUUAACAUAGUUAAGGGACUUCGUCGGGUCCCUAAGACAUUCUUUGUUGCUCCAGUUGUGUUGAAAGACAAUGUUGAGAAAGUAAAGAAAUUGGGGUUCAAUCCUGCGAAGUUUACUUUUGUUGUUGCUCUCGAUGUAUUGGGUUCAAUAAGCAAAUCCACCUGGGAGAGAAAGUUUGAUGUUUAUAGGAAGUGUGGUUGGUCUGAGAAAGAGAUUUUAGAAGCUUUUAAGGGUUAUCCCUUGUUAAUGGCAUUUUCUGAGGAUAAAAUUAAAUCAGUGAUGGAUUUCCUUGUGAAUGCCAUGGGGUUCCAGGCUUUACUUAUUGCUAAACGUCCCAAUUUGCUAGGAAUGAGCAUGGAGAAGAGAAUUGUUCCAAGGGGUUUUUUCCUUAAAGAUCUUAUGUCGAAGGGUUUACUAGAGAAGAAAUUGGGGUUGAAGAUGUUUCUGAUUUCGGAGGAGUUUUUCCUUGAGAGAUUUGUGUAUUGUUAUGAAGAAGAGAAGGCUUCUGAGCUGCUAAAACUCUAUAAUGAAAAACUGAACCUUGCUGCAGGGGGAAAGCUUAAGACAGCCAAAUCAUACAAGAUAUGUUAGAACUAUUUUCUUUAUCGAUAUUCUUUUCUGUCAUAGGUAACAUGGUUGUUUAUUGACAAGAGAGGUUGAUUGAACUCGGAGUUUAGAUUAGUUGGUUUGUUGGAAGGAAUAAUUACGGACUCCAGAUUGUCUUUACUGUUUGGCGAAGCUGUUGCUUAAGAUGUCUGUCAACCAUUAAUCAUAGGUGUUGAAGUUUUCGAAAGAACAAUCGAAUCUUCCAUGUUAGUCUUGCUAUAUUUUAAGUGCAACAAUGAAAUGUGCGUUCACUUGAACACCUUAUUUUCCUUA